AUGGCAAGUUGUGUCACCAUGGUGUGGGAGACAGAAGGAUUUCUCAGCCGAAGCCAAAUUGGAGGCUGGGAGGAGAUUGACAUCAAAGUUCAAGUUCAACAAGCCCUGGACAACACUGAGAGGUUUGGACCAUGCUUACUGUACUGUCUGGCGCUGAUGAGGAAGACCGGACGACGCCGGACGAUCCUGAUGCAGCUCAAGGAGAGGAGGAUUCAGAGACAAGUCCAACGGGGCAUUUCGAUUCUGUGGGACAGAAUCAGGGUGGUUGAGUGGACAGUGCAAGGUCGAGAAGAUGGGGAAGGAGAGCCUUUAGAAGAAGGUGAGGAGGCGCAACUUAAGCGAAAAGAGUUCAAGACCCGGAUCUACGACCUGGACGAUUUGCGAGUACAGAAGAAACGCAUGAAGAUUGACCCUCUGCCCCACGAGAAUCUGCUUCCAAAGGAGGAGCGAGAAAAAGUGGGACGCUGGGGUGAGCAGUUUGUGUACCAUUACUUGAAGCAAAAGUUGGAGUCAGAGGAUGCUGGAAAGCGUGUGCUUUGGGUCAACGAGAUUGAAGAAACGGGUUUCCAAUACGACUUGCGGAUCGAGGACGGCAACGGUGAGGUCGACGCUUACGUGGAAGUGAAGACCUCGCGUGCCAAGGACAAACAACUUUUUGAGAUGAGUUAUCGAGAAUGGACCUUUGCACAGAAGGAGGGUGGAAAGUUCGUGAUCUUCCGCGUCUCCAAUGCUGGGAAGGAAGACGUCGAGCUGUGUUCCAUCACCAAUCCGUUUCGCCAAUGGAAGGAGAUGAACUUGGGACUUUGUUUGACUCUCUGA